GUCGGGGGAGCACCUGGGACCAGCAGAUGUUUUCCCUGCUUCUUUGGGGGGCUACAGAUUAGAGGGGGUGACAGGGUCGGAUUGGGGGCACCCAAACCUGGAGGGGUCUGGGAGGAAAGGAAUGGCUGUUGUGGGGUGUCCCUUGGGCCCAUGCUGGGGCCGCGUGAUGUGACGCCUCGGCCGUGACCCCGGAGCCAUGCCGAGCCUGGAGAGAAGGGAGCUGGCAGAGGCUGUUUUCCGCCACCUGCGGCGCGCUGGCGUGAGGCUCAAGCACUGGAAACCCCCCCUGAGCGACUCGCCUCGCCAGGAGAAAUCGCCCCUGGCGGCGCCCGCCGGCCCGUUCGGGACCCCGCUGCAGGCGCUGCCCCUGUCGGAGAGCGUGGAGGGAGUCCCGCGGUUCCUGGUGCAGAUCUGCGAGGCCCUGCGGCGGCAUCUGCACACGGAGGGGCUGUUCCGGAAAUCCGGCUCCGUGACCCGCAUCAAGGCCUUAAAGGCCCAGCUGGAGGCCGGGGAGAGGUGCCUGGACUCGGCUGCCCCCUGCGACCUGGCCGCGCUGCUCAAGCAAUUCCUGCGGCACUUGCCCGAGCCCCUGAUCCCGGCCGAGCUGCAGGACCCCUUGUGCCGCGCCCAGCAGCACCCAGCCGAGGGCGAGCGCGGCCCCCUCACCCUGCUGCUGAGCUGCCUGCUGCCCUGCCACAGCGCCCGCACCCUCCGCUACUUCUGCACCUUCCUGCGCGAUGUGGCGGCCAGGUGCCAGGAGAACAAGAUGGACGAGGCCAACCUGGCCGUGAUCUUCGCCCCCAAUCUCUUCCCCAGCUGUGCACUGAGUGACGUGCCGGGCGCCGAGCGGCGGCUGCUGCUCCAGGCGGGUGCUGUGCAGGCCCUGAUCAGCCACGCGCCCCACAUCGGCAGAGUCCCCCAGUUCCUCCUGGACAAACUCCCAGCUCCUGCCCCUGAGCCAGACAGCGGCCGCCAGAGCCCGGCAGGGCCGGGGGAUGCCGGAGACGGGCUGGCGGAGCGGAGCCAGAGACUUCGCCGGAGGAGCGUUGGUGACAUUGUGAACGGGGCCCUGACCAAGCUGCGAGUGGGGCGUGGCGCUGUGGGGCCGGGAGUGGACUGCCCGAGCGGCUCCAGCCUGGGGCCCCAGACGACCCCCUGCAGCGCCAAGCGCAAGGCCUUGGAGGAGCUGGCCCGGGAGGCGCAGCUGGGCACCAAGAAGUGGAGACCCGCCGUGGGGCCGGCUGGCUCGGAUCUGUCCACGGACGAGGCCGGGGACCCCUUGGACCAGCCCCCGGAUGAUGCUCCUGCCAACCUCCCCGAUGUCUUCACUGACAGCCCCCCAGAGCUGCCCCCCACCGCAGGGACUCUGCCCCCCAGUGUCAGCCUGCACCGAAGGAAAAGCAGCUGCAAGAGGCGUCCUCAGAGGAAGCUCCCCGCCCGAUCCCCCCGCGGCUCCCCAGCCCCAUUCGAGCAGCAGGACAUGGGGCGCAAAUCCUUGCGCAUCUUCACCCGUAGCGGGAAGGAGCUGCCUCCCCCGGACCUCGCCAAGCGGGACGCCAAGGCCCCCGAACCCAGCGGCUGGCACCUGCUGAAGAGGGUGGUGGCAGACGGCCUGGAGGGGCACCGAGCCCCACAGAACUGGGUCCUGCUGCCUUUGUCCAGGCCCACGGAGCCGGAUGAUGGGACACGUGCUGUCGAAGACCCCGCUGCCGGGCAGAGCAAGCGAGACCCCGUGCCCUCUGCGGGAUCCGCGGAGGCCGGCAAGAAGCCGUGCACCGCGGAGCUGGACCUGGAGGCCUGGUUCGGAAGCCGCACUGGGGUCCCCUGCAGGCAGCAGCGGGCCCUGCGCAGAUCCCUGAGCUGGCCGGAGGGCCUGUCGGGGGCAGAGGGCAGCAUCAACGACCCCCCAGGAGCAGCCGGGGCAGGGAGCUCCCCAUCCCGCCCUGGAGGAGGUGAGACAGAGCCGCUGGAUGACGCGGGGAGCCGACCUGGCCUGGAGCCGCUGGGCACCCCCAUUCUGUGUGUCACACCGGCCCCUGGCGGUGCUGUGCCCGGCUGCCUGGGGGCUGGGGGGGGUGGCCCGGAGGAGGAGCCGGCUCCUGGCUCUCUUGCCCAGCGUCUGCCCGGCCCCGCCGGUGCCCCCAAGCGCCACGUGAAGCGACUGACCCUGGCCUUCCCGCGCUCCCCCGCCCAGCCCGCCGGAGCCGGCACCCCCAAGCGGGCAGCCCGGGGCCGGCGCUUCGGGCGCUCGCUCAGCCAUGAGAGCGCCCUGCCCCUGCCCGGCGGGGCCCAGGCCUCGGGCCGGGGCGACCCUGCCCUGCAGCCCCCCAAGAGUCCACUGAGCUACUUCCGGGCCUGUGGGCGGCAGAUCUUGGUCAGCCACAAGCACCUGACCCUGGCCUUCGCGGGGCUGCGGGGCCGGAGGGAGCCGGGCGGGGCUGUGCCCACCGCCAGCCCCUCCUGCGACCCCCAGAUCUCCCCUGCUGGCUACUAAACUCACCGCCAGCCGGGACUCCCUGGAUCUGUGAGGGGGGGCACAGUCUGUCUGCUUGGGCUGGUGCCCCCCCUUCCGGGGAGCAAACUGGGGCCGGAAGUUUGGAAUCCCCUGGGCUGCGGCUGAGCGCUCCCCUCGCUCUCCGGGUGACCCAAACCGGGUGGGGCUGACGGCCGGGCACCGCGGCUGCCUCCCCUUAGCAGCCGUGUCCUCGCCUGGUCCUGGCAGGCAGAAUUCUCUUUGUGCACUUCGUCCCCCGGCCGGCACUUCCCAAGCCGCUCUGCGCCCUCGCCCGCUGGCCUCUGGGAACUGGCUCGUCCUGGGUUCAAAUUCCCGGCGGAGAAAUCGGCCUCGGGUUUUUUUACCCUGUAAUCUCCUGGUACCAGCUCCUCACGCCUGGGUUUCUGCUGCCGGCUCUUUCAUGCCUUGGGCUGCAGUUCCUGCGUUUCGCUGUGGGGUGGAGGGGGGGUGAGAGCACACUGCUUGUUUCUGGAGACCUGAUACGUAUACAAAGUGUAGGGACUGUGGUGUCUUUUCCCGAGCUGGGGGCGUGCGGGGUCUCCCCUCUAGUCACACUCAGUACUUCCGAAAGCCAGAAGGCCCAUGGGGUCGAUGUUUCUUUCCUUUCAAAUGUUUAAAUUUCUUCCAGAAUAAAAGUUUUAAAAAAC